CAUCUAUCCCCGAGUUCGUACAGUGUCCUCUGCUGUCGAGUCGAGUGGGAGAUAGCCACAAAACGUCACAGAUCAAAUCAUCCAAACUCUCUCUCCUCGACGCCGCCACUGUAAAUCACCAACACAAAAUUUUAAAAUAAAACAAAAAACAGAAUUUUAUGAUGAUUUCUUCAUUUUCAUAAAUCCACAAAAUCCCCAUCUGACCACCAAAAAGUUCACCCUCCUCCUCCUCUCUCUCUCUCCUCACUCACAUUCUCUCUCUAUAUAGAAUAUAAUACAUAUACACAUACGGCAUCAAAUAUUCUCCGAUGACCGCCGGCGACGAGUGCUUCUGACGUCGGACAUGGCGGACGACGUUGUUCCGAGGACCUUCCGAGCUCUAGUUGAGAGCGCCGACCGGAAGUUCGCUAGGGUCCGUGACGUUCCGGUGUACGGACACGGCCAGAACCACUACUUCCACAAGGUUUUCAAAGCAUACAUGAGGCUAUGGAAGUACCAGCAAGAGAAUCGAUCGAAGCUGGUUGAGUCGGGCCUUCGACGCUGGGAAAUCGGCGAGAUCGCUUCUAGGAUCGGCCAGCUCUACUUCGGCCAGUACAUGAGGACGAGCGAGGCCAGGUUCUUGCUCGAAUCGUAUAUUUUCUAUGAAGCCAUACUCAACAGAGGCUAUUUUCAGGGAUCGGAGGGUUCGCCUAAGGAUCGAGGUGUGAGGUUCAAGGAAUUGAGGUUUUACGCGAGAUUUUUGUUGGUUUCGUUGAUUUUGAAUCGAUCGGAGAUUGUGCAGCUUCUCGUGGAGAGGUUGAAGGCUCUUGUUGAUGAUAGCAAAGCCACUUAUCGGGAAACCAACUUCAAAGAAUGGAGACAAGUAGUUCAGGAAAUAUUUCGGUUUAUGAAAGCUGAUACAGCCUUAUUCAACGUUCGGCCUUUGCGGUAUUGUGCCAUGUUUGAUUCUUAUCCAGCUUCUCUUCCAUACGUGGCCCGUUUCCAUGCAAAGAAGAUUCUAAGAUUUCGAGAUGCAUUGCUGACUAGUUAUCACCGGAACGAGGUCAAGUUUGCUGAGCUUACUUUGGACACUUACAGAAUGCUGCAAUGUUUAGAAUGGGAACCUAGUGGAUCUUUCUAUCAAAAACAUCCACUUGAAUCACGAGAGAAUGGUGUUUCAAUUGAUCAUUCCGGUACUUCUGGACUAAUUGAUAUAAAUCUGGUUGCGGAUAUGACUGAUCCAACUUUGCCUCCAAACCCAAGAAAGGCUAUUCUCUAUCGACCAUCUGUGACACAAUUGAUAGCUGUUCUUGCUACAAUUUGUGAGGAGCUCCCUCCAGAUAGCGUUAUGCUAGUAUAUAUAUCAGCCUCAGGGAAUGGUGCUUUACAGAGGGAAAACUCUGGAGGUUCAAGGGAAAGCUCUGGAGGUUCAAGGAAAUCUUCAAAGGUCAAAGUUGUUUCUCAUACUUCCCAUGAACAGAAUAGCACUUUGCUUGAAAAUCAUGUUGAUGAGAAGAGAGACUCAAAGCACUGUUCUGAGAAUUGUUUGCGGUUAGGUCCAAGUAGAAAUGGAGAUUCAAAUAACCUCUACCCUGGUGAUAUAAUUCCUUUCACCAGAAGACCACUUUUCUUAAUCAUUGAUAGUGACAACAGCCAUGCAUUCAAGGUUCUACAUGGUGCAGAAAGGGGGGAAACAGCUGCGCAACUUCUUUCCCCUUUGAGACCAGCAUUCAAGAACCCAACUAAUGCUGAUGUAACACAAAAUGGAAGUCAGUUUACUUUGUUUUUGACUGCUCCUCUUCAGGCUUUCCGCCAGUUGGUUGGCCUCUCGUCUUCUGAUAGUGAUGAGGAUGUUUACAACGAUGCAGAUAACAUGCUGUCCACUUCGUUCUCAGAGUGGGAAGUGAUACUCUGUACAUCAACUUGCCUAGACCUCGUCUGGGCUCAAGUUUUAUCUGAUUCAUUUCUGCGGCGGAUUAUUCUUAGAUUUAUUUUCUGCCGGUCUGUGCUUAGGCUUUUCUGCCCUUGGGACGAUAAUGAUCAAUAUUUGCCUGUUUGCCUACCGCAACUUCCCAGCUCUGUCUCUCCAAACUCUCAAGUUGUGCAAUCAGCCGUCCUCCGGCUUGCAAACUUCCUUGGAGUCGCCGACUGCUUUCACUCCAAUGGCGUAUAGUUAGCACAAAUUUUGUACAACUGUGUUUGUAUGAUAAAGAUUACUCUUUGUAAAGAUAGAAGUUUCAUCAAUUGAAUAGGACAAAGACUCGGGAGACCAUUGAGUUCGUACUUCGCUGAAUUGCAGAGAAAGAUAAUAUUAGUGGAGUUGUGGAUGGCACUUGGGCAGUGUAAGGGAUGUCCUUUUUCGUUGCUGGGUUGCUUGUGUAUUAGUGCUAUGUGUGACCUUGCUGCUGUUCCGUUCCUGUGCAGAAUGCAUAUGGUGGUUUGUUCUGGUUUGAUAGUGUCUGGCCUGGGGCAUGUCAAGUUCCUCGUGGCCUCCUUGGUGAAUUGUUCGUUAUGCUUAUGGAUUUAUUAGCUGAUUGUUUGUCUGCUUGUCGAAAUUGUUAGAGAAAUUAGUGCUAAUCUCUUUAUACCUUUGUGAAAGAGAACCAGAUAUUAGGAGGGUUCUUUCUUUCCUUCCUUCUCUUUUUUUUUUUUUUUUUU